AUGUCGACGCGGGAUAUAUUACACCAUGAAUACACGGUCGCCUGUAUAUGCGCAUUGUCGAUCGAACUGGCUGCUGUGACAGCCCUACUCGAUGACGUCCACAGUCCACUUCCCCAGUCGGAUAAUGACAGUAAUACCUACACCCUUGGGAGCAUGAGUGGACAUAAUAUAGUAAUUGUCUGCCUACAAUCCGGUGUCUGUGGAACGACUUCUGCCGCAUUUUCGGUGGCUCAUAUGAGACGAACAUUCCCCUCUAUUAGAUUCGGGUUGAUGGUCGGAGUCGGAGGGGGGGCACCUUUAAGCGGUGCCGAUGUUCGCCUUGGCGAUGUGGUCGUCAGUAUGCCUACUGAAAAAUACGGCGGUGUAAUUCAGUAUGAUUAUGGGAAGAUGUGCUAUGGACACUUGGAGCCCAUGGGUUUGCUCAACAAGCCAUCUCCGCUUCUCCUAACCGUCCUUUCCAAAAUGCGAUCAUCCUACCUAUUGCCGGAGACAAAGACUAAGCAGAUAGUUUCUGAUGCCUUGCAGGAACACCAGGCAACCAGGCACUUUUCUCGUCCAGACAAGGACUGGCUCUUUCACGAAAUGUAUGAGCAUCCAAUGGGCAACCCGGACUGUUCAUCAUGCGACAAAAGUCAACUGGUUUCGCGUGAGCCGCGGGCAAGUGAUGAGCCGCAUAUUCAUUACGGCCUAAUUGUGUCAGGUAAUCAAGUCAUGAAGGAUGCGCGGGCGCGAGACUCCAUUGCCAAAGAUCUCCACGCCCUCUGUUUUGAAAUGGAGGCGGCGGGAAUUAUGGAUCAGCUUCCAUGUUUAGUCAUACGGGGAAUAUGUGACUACUGUGAUUCUCAUAAGCAGAACGACUGGCAGGGCUAUGCAGCCCUUGCCGCAGCUGCUUAUACAAAGGCACUCUUAUCACUCGUUCCCCUAGUGAAGGACACCGUAUGCCAAGAGAAAGAGGAUCAAAUUAUGCUCUUUCAUAUCGGUGCAUCGAGGUUAUCCUUCAGUAUUGUCGACCAGACAUGGAUAUGUCAACACUGGAAUCUAGCCACGGCUUCCUUGGUUAUUCAGUACUGCACUGGCCGGAACAUGCAAACUUAG